AUGGUUGAGCACCAAGGCCAGUCGAUGAGGUCGGGCAAGCGGUCCGCCAACCAGCCCACAAGCGAGCCCACGGCGAAGAGACGCGCCCCAUACGCCGCUAAGGCCUGCGACUCGUGUCGCCGGCGCAAAGGCCGGUGCGACGGACGUCGACCCUGCCAGUUUUGCCUGAGCCGCUCUUCCGAGUGCUCCUACUCUGAGGCCUCGGAUGAGCGCACGCUGUCUGUCUCUGACUCCGAUGGCGCACAACCCAUCGACAAGCCCAUGUGGACUCCCGAGUUAGUUCUGAUGACACCUGAGCCCGCCCACUCACCGCGAUGCUCAUCUGUUGACAAUUUCAUCUUUGUGUCAAGGACGCUGUGUAAUACUGUGAAAUACCUGGGUGACCUGGUGGCCGGCCUGCAGGGACAGCUCAAUAGCCUGGCCGCGCAAGGAGGGCCAACGACUGCGCACGCACCCAAUCCCGUGCUACCCCAGCAUGACCAACCACAGCCCACAGGCGCCGAAGACAGCUCAUCAAUCCGUGCUGCCUUCGACGAACCGUCAGCUGCAGUCUCACGGCCCGGCGAGUCGCCCACAAAGCAUGACUCCAUCGCCCGAGGAGCUUGCACAGGGCAGGGGUUCUGUGGCCCGACGAGCCCCGACUAUAGCCUCAAUGUGGCCCAAAUGAGAAUGGGCCAGGGCAAGUACUCGACUGCUCCGGGAGUUGGCUGGCAUGUGAGCCCUAGCCUCGACGAAAGCCAGCAUAGUGAAGAUGGCACCCACCUCACCAGCCCUGAGGAAGACGGCUGGGCGGCGCUGGACCCUUCAGUCAGACGGUCUCUGCGCCACAGCCUUCUCCAAUUUCAGACCCUGCUCCCGAAGAGGGAGGCUCUACGGCUUAUCCGUGUGUACAAAGAAGUCGUCGGAGAGUUGCAUCCCUUUGUGGACUGCGAUCGACUCGCCGAGCAGACCGAAGGGUGGUAUAAUUGGCCAGGAGCUGGCUCGUCAGGUGCCAAGGGCGGAGAUGACUCCCUGUCAGAUGAGGACGGCCUUCUCAUCCUCAACCUGGUUUUGUCAAUCGCGCUCUGUGCGGAGUCUGGAUGCCAGGCGGAGGACGCGAGGAACCUCCACAAGAACUGUCGUGGCGUCAUAAACAUCUUGCUGGCAGUGCCCGUCACAGGUCUGCGGCACGUCCUCCUCACGUUGCUUGUGGGACUCCACCAUUUCUUCAACGACAGGGCCCGGCUCGCAUGGCGCAUGUGUGGCCUGGCUGGACGUAUGGCCAUGGAAAUUGGCCUGCACAGCCGCGACGUUUACCAACGAUAUUUAGAGACCGAGAAGCAGCAGGAAGAGGCCGAGAUUAUCUCCACCAGUCUGAUAGUCCUCGAUCGCCAGUGGAGCGCCGCCACAGGCCUGCCUUCAAACUUCCAGCUGUCCGAUUUUGAUUAUGCCGAUGCCUCUUCGGUCAAGAGUCCAUAUCUCAGAGCCAUGAUGACCUUCACCAUCAUGAGCCAGAAGUUCAACGAGCCUAUCUGCCGCGUGGCCACCGGCGGAACUUACGAAGACGAUGAUGCUUUUGAGGUGACAAACUUCCAGAUCGAACAGUGGAGAAAGUGGUCCCUGGAGAAGCAGAACUUCACCCACCCAUCAACAUGGCAGGCGUCUCCUCCACCACACAUGCCCUCAUGGACUGUAAUUUUGUACCUGCGCGCCAAUGCGGUCCGUGGCAUUCUCCUCCGUCCCUUCUUCCUUUCCAGCUCCCCCAACACAGAAUCAAGCAAGAGAAGCAUCGGGCCUGGUCUGGAUAUCGUAUCCGACACAGUCAACAUACUGUCCACAUUGGACCGAAGCACAGACAUCUACCGCAAGCAACACCCCUUCUUGCAACACUUCCUGGGAAGUGCCUGUGCCCUCCUCUUCCUGAUCAUCGCCUUCGCCGACCAAAAGUGCGGUGCAUCAUCGAGCUCUGGGGAUUCUCUUCCAGCCGAAUCCUGGGACUCGGUGGGUAAGAACUUUAGGAAAGCCUUCGCGUUGGCUUCGGCGUAUAGCGACUCGUCCCGGGUGUCACGCAAGCUGUUCGAUCGCCUAGUCAUGUUGAAGGGGCCUCUCACGAAGAUGGGCGUCCUUUCCCGCGAAGAAGGCUGCCUGGAUGGCGACAAGACCAGCAGGACACCUGCUGCCCACCAGCACAUGCCGGUGAGUAUCGGUGGUGCAGCAAGACUGGAAAGUGCGGCAGCCAAGGCGACCACCAACCAUGCCCCGCACCAGCAACCCACAGCUUCAGCGUAUGGCAUGGGCGACAGCCUUGUUGUAGAUAUUACGGGUCAUCCAGGAACCGAGGGCGCCGGGGACGGGACGGGCAUUUCAGAGGCUGAGACCUAUGUUAAUACCAGUACAGGGCUUUUUGAUUCCUUUAUGGUCGAUUGGUCCGCAAACGACAUGAACUUUUUCUGCUCGGAUGGCGGGCUCUGA